GAGCUCUUUGCAGAGUUUGGGACCUUGAAGAAGGCGGCUGUGCACUAUGACAGGUCUGGCCGCAGCCUAGGGACAGCAGACGUGCACUUCGAGAGGAAGGCAGACGCUCUGAAGGCGAUGAAGCAGUACAAUGGAGUCCCCUUGGACGGGCGCCCCAUGAACAUCCAGCUGGUCACGUCACAGAUCGACACACAGAGGAGACCAGCACAGAGUGUAAACAGAGGUGGCAUGACCAGAAACCGUGGUGGUUCAGGAGGAUUUGGUGGUGGAGGAGGCAACAGGCGAGGUACUCGUGGUGGGAGCAGAGGAAGAGGCAGAGGAGCUGGAAGAACUUCCAAACAGCAGCUCUCCGCAGAGGAACUAGACGCACAGCUGGAUGCUUACAAUGCCAGG